AUGAGUGGAGGAGGAGAGCAGCCUGACAUCCUCAGUGUGGGAAUCUUGGUCAAAGAAAGAUGGAAGGUGCUGAGGAAAAUAGGAGGUGGAGGAUUUGGAGAAAUCUACGAUGCACUGGACUUGCUUACUCGGGAAAAUGUUGCACUGAAGGUCGAAUCAGCUCAGCAGCCAAAGCAAGUGCUGAAAAUGGAAGUAGCCGUGUUGAAAAAAUUGCAAGGAAAAGAUCAUGUCUGUAGAUUCAUAGGAUGUGGAAGGAACGACAGAUUUAACUAUGUGGUCAUGCAGUUGCAGGGUCGGAACUUGGCAGACCUGCGUCGGAGCCAGUCUCGAGGAACAUUCACCAUUAGUACCACUCUGCGGCUUGGGAAGCAGAUUUUGGAAUCUAUUGAAAGUAUUCAUUCUGUAGGAUUCCUGCACAGGGAUAUAAAACCGUCCAACUUCGCAAUGGGACGUUUUCCUAGCACCUGUAGGAAGUGUUAUAUGCUGGAUUUUGGCUUGGCACGGCAAUUUACCAACUCAUGUGGGGAUGUCAGACCACCACGAGCUGUCGCUGGUUUUCGAGGAACAGUACGAUAUGCAUCAAUCAAUGCUCAUAGAAACAGAGAAAUGGGUCGGCAUGAUGACCUGUGGUCCCUAUUCUACAUGUUGGUAGAAUUUGUGGUUGGGCAGCUGCCUUGGAGAAAAAUAAAAGAUAAGGAGCAAGUGGGCUCUAUUAAAGAAAGGUACGAGCACAGACUUAUGUUGAAACAUCUUCCUCAAGAAUUCAAUGUCUUUCUGGAUCACAUUGCUAAUUUAGAUUACUUUACAAAGCCCGAUUACCAGCUUCUCAUGUCUGUGUUUGACAACAGCAUGAAAACGUUUGGGGUUAUUGAAAGUGACCCUUUUGACUGGGAGAAGAGUGGAACUGAUGGCUCUCUGACGACAACAACAACUUCAACCACACCUCAGUUACACACUCGUCUUACUCCAGCUGCGAUUGGAAUUGCCAAUGCCACUCCUAUCCCAGGAGACUUGCUGCGAGAAAACACAGAUGAAGUGUUUCCUGAUGAACAGCUCAGUGAUGGAGAGAAUGGUAUUCCUGUUGGUGUCUCACCAGAGAAACUACCUGGAUCCCCUGGACAUCAGCGUCCUCAGGAAAAAGAUGUUUGGGAAGAAAUGGAUGCAAAUAGAAACAAAAUUAAACUAGGGAUCUGUAAGGCAGCCACAGAGGAAGAAAACAGCCAUGGGCCAGUGAAUGGCAUGCUUAAUGCCCCGAGCCUCGGUUCUCCGAUUCGUGUUCGUUCAGAGACCACCCAGUUAGACAGAGAUGUCCCACUGGUGCGAAAGUUACGUUCAAUUCACAGCUUUGAACUGGAGAAGCGUCUGACAUUGGAGUCAAAGCCAGACACUGAUAAAUUUCUUGAGACCUGUUUGGGGAAGAUGCAAAAAGACUUGAAUGCUACGGCAGAGACUCCUGUUGCUGCUGUUCCUCCUCUUUCUCAGAAAACACCUGCUCCUGUGGCUGCCCGCACGGACCAUGUUUGGCACUAUGAUGAAGAGUAUCUUCCAGACGCUUCAAAGCCUGUGUCAGCUAGUUCUCCAGAACAUGCUGAUGGUGUUAUUAGCAAUGGAUUUGUAGCUGUUAACUUAAGCUCCUGCAGGCAGGAGGUUGAUUCUAAGGAAUGGGUAAUAAUAGAUAAGGAACGGGACUUGCAGGACUUCAGAACAAAUGAGGCUUUAGAGCACAAAGCAACUGGAAGUCCCUCAGAUGAAGAGCCAGAGGUACUACAAGUUCUAGAGGAGUCCCCUGCAGAAGAGCAACCCAGACAGGGUGGUUGGGCAGGAAACAAUGUCCAUGCCAAGGACCAGACCUCAGGUGUGGAGUUAGUUCUAGCCAUGGAGUGUCAUCCUCCUGCUUCUGAACAGCUUACAGAUAAAUUGGAACUUUUGUCAGGAGCUGCUGGACAGCUUGCAGCCACCCCUACAAGUCCUAUGGAAGCUCAAGCUGAAGGAGCACUCACUCCGAUAACAAUACCCAGACCUUCAGUGGCAUCCACACAGUCUGCUUCUGAGAGCUUUCAUUAUGGCCACCAACUGGAAAAAAGGGAACAGGAUGCUCCAUCUAUGGAACACACUGUGGAAAUUUCCUCUCCAAAGGAAAGUUUGCCAGGUGUGGCUGUGACAGAAGAUGCACUUCCAGAUGGUGCCAGCAGACCAGAUUUGGUACUUAAUAUGAGCCAAGAGGUGCUUGACACAGAAGGCCUUGUCAAAGAAAGCAACAGUGUCCUGGACUGUGGCCAGCAGGACCUACCUGAACAACAUGGUGGGAUACUGGAAGAGAAAGAACUUGAAAAUAUUCCUGCAGAGGAGGUUGAGGAAGAAAAGCUUCCGGUAGUUUCUGAGGGUGCCAUUGCAAUGCAAAGCAAAGAACAGAAUUCUUUGCCAGGAAACUCAAAAUCUGCAGAGGAAGAGCCUCUAACAAACACUGAAGCUGCUGAAGAAUCAAAGCCAGGGCCCAUCAGUUUGAUGCCAAAUCAAGAUGAUGUUCUGACAUCGAUAGCACCUAAAACACAAGAAAUAUCUCCCUCAAGACUUACCAACUCACAUGUUAAUAGACAGACAAGUAAAACAGCACCAGUUCAGGAAAACGGUUUUCAUUCUGAUACGGAGGAAGUCCAUAUCCAAGACUUGAAAUGCCACCAAGUGGCCCUUAGUACUUUUUUGCAUCAGGAGGACAAAAAAGAGAAAAAUGCUCCCAGAAAUGGAGAACUGUUCCACUGCAUUUCAGAAAAUGAGAAUUCUCAUCGAUCUAAGAAGGACUUGGUUAAAUCUCCUUUUGUAUUCAGGCAGAGCCGAAUCCCAGUUUUAGCACAAGAGAUAGACUCAACUUCAGAGUCCUCUUCUGUUUCAGCAAAGGAAAAGCUUCUUCUAAAAAAGGCCCAUCAGACAGACUUGGUCAGAUUACUUAUGGAAAAGAGACAACUUAAAUCUUUCCUUGGUGACCUUUCAAGUGCCUCUGAUAAGUCACUGGAGGAAAAAAAGGCUGCUGCUCCAGUACCUUUUUCUGAGGAUGAUGUCUUAUCCUCAUUUUCUAAAUUGACACUGGACUCUCAUUUCAGCAAGCAGACAGAAGAUAGCUCUUUAUCUCCAAGCAGCCCUCAGUCCAGGAAAAGCAAGAUUCCAAGGCCAGUGUCCUGGGCAGCCACUGAUCAAGUCACGAGUUCAAAUUCAGCUCAGUUCUUUCCUCGGCCACCACCAGGAAAACCACCUGCUAGACCUGGGGUAGAAGCUAGGUUGCGCAGAUACAGAGUCCUAGGGAGUAGCAGCUCGGACUCAGAUCUUAUCUCACGUCUGGCUCAAAUCCUACAGAAUGGAUCUCAGAGACCAAGGAGUUCUACCCAGUGUAAGAGUCCAGGAUCUCCACAUAGUCCAAAAACACCACCCAAAAGCCCUGUCAUCCCCCGACGCAGUCCCAGUGCCUCCCCUAGGAGCUCUUCCUUACCCCGUACUGCCAGUUCUUCUCCGUCCCGGGCUGGGAGACCCCAUCAUGAUCAGAGGAGUUCAUCCCCACAUCUUGGGAGGAGUAAAUCACCUCCUAGCCAUUCAGGCUCCUCAUCUUCUAGGAGAUCCUGCCAACAAGAGCACUGCUGCAACAGACCAAGCAAGAAUGGUCUGAAAGGAUCUGGCAGUUCUUUCCACCAUUCCCCAAACACUAAGACUCCCAUAGGAAGGAGCAAGUCAACCACUAAGCUUAGCAGAUAGGAACUGGGCCUUGACAGGUAUAGAAUCUCCUCCUAAAUCUGAUGCAUGUUUUGUCUGUGUACUGUGUAUUUAAAAAAAUAAUCAAAAAAUAUAUUAAAAAAAAAGGUGUUGAAUCUGUGCUUUUAAAAGACAGUAAGCAUCAUAAACUAUUCAUAAGAGCAUUCUGUGUAAAUAAGUGGCCAGGCAUUGCCUAAGAGCAGGCAGCAAGCAGAUCCACAAGAGGGGAAGUAGAGGCCAGGAUAAGAAUGACUAGGUAGUCAAAGAGGUGCAAUGUAUUUAGAAUAAAAUAUAUCUCUAAGGUGAGUGUUUUAAAAGGAUAUUUAUUUCUAUGUUUUUAGUUUACCUAGGUAGAAGAUUUGGCCUAAUUAUUUAAGGCCUUAUGUAAUCAAGGAGUACGUAAGAAAACCCUGAAACGGUUAUUCCCAAAAUGCCAUCAUGAUGUUGGGAGAUAAGUGCUGCUCAAGCAUGUCUUUGCAGUUUAAAAAAAGCACACAGUUUUGAAGACAAUGGUAUUUCUAUGUUUUAAGUCUCUUCCAUUUUGAGCUGCACACAUCUCUGAGUCACUAGUGCUUCUCUUGCCCCUGUCUACAGUGGCAUGGAUUUUUUUUACCUACGGAAGUGUCACAUACCUUGCCCCUUCUUGACACUGGUAACAUUAAAAAUUGAAUAUUAACUUUUCCCAAGAUGGUUUUGUAGCUAUGUUCUUUAGAGAUGUGUUUAGUACUAAUUAAGAUCGGAGAAGCUGAUUCUCAGUUACAUAUCAUACACUUCACUGGGAGUCACAGUGUGGUUCUUCAGCCAAUGUUCAGUAGAAUCUGGAAAAGCAUUCCUGUCUAGAAAAUGAGAUAAAAGAGGAGAUGUCUGCACUUCAUUGAAUGUUACAAAUUUACAAUAAAUUGCAAUGUAAGUUAGAAAAGAAAUUAGAAAAUUAAAGUAGCUUUUUCCCUUUACCUGCAAAAACAAGCCUUGUCAGUGCUGGCUUUUGUUUUUCCAUUGCUUAUGGAUCACUGAAACCACUGAUCUUACCAGACAGAGUUGAUUGCCAACCAAGAUUUGGUUUUUUGAUUAUUUGCUUUAUAAAAACUUGAAAGAUGAAACAGAGAUGGGGAGAUUGUCUGAUUUGUGAACAUUGUAAGCUUUAGGUGACAGAAAUAUAUGUAACACCCUUACAAAAUCCUGGUAAAAAUAUUAGUCAUAAUACACAGAAAACAAUCUGAGGUAUCUUUUACAUUGGAUUCUUGUCAUUCAUUUGCCCAAAUGGUUCCUUGAUAGCCAGAUGUUAGUGUCUGUCACUGAAGUCCAUGGUGUCUUAAUUCCUCCAACUUUGUUUCAUAGGUACUUAAUAGUCCCUUGUGCUCUACAGGAUCUCUGUAGGGAACAUAAUGGUACAGCACCUUUUGCUAUACUCAGAAGAGAAUAGCAGGCUCGAAUAGUUAAAGAAUGCAAGCCUGAGAAGAGUGCAGCCAGCUCUCCGUGCUUAUCCCUGGUGUAGGGAUGCUGGAUGCAUAGGAUACGUGUCAGUUGCUGAUCUGCUUGCUGUAGUCAUCUGCCUCUCCA